GUGCGUGGGGCGGGAAAGAGGCGGAGUGCUGCAGGUGUGAAGGUGCGGCGGCGUGAGAUUCUGAGGGUCUUAGCUUCUCUCCGGUGCAGCCUGUUCUGUCUGGCUUUGUGGGUGUGAGUGUCCCUGCCGGCAGUCACUGAGGGGGCAGGUCGCCGGGAGCCGGGUUCUUGGUGCCAGGCCUCAGGCCUUUGUGUCCCCCAGCACCUCUUUGCCUCGCGGUCCUCGUGACUACCGAUAUUUCUCAGGGAUAAAAUGAAUAAGAAGAAGCAGCUGCGGAACUCAGGAGACUGCCUCCAUCCCCCAAAGCCUUCUAAGAAUCCACAGCUGACAGACUCCCAUGGAAGCCCCCAGAGCGCCAUACUGGUCCAUUCACACCACUCCAGCCAGUUAGAACACAGCUCAGAACCGGCUGCCUCUGAAGAGCCAGGUGGGGAGGAACCACUACCUGAAGCUUCCAGCUGCACUGUAGAGGACCCAGGAGCUGCCUUUGACCUCCUAGGGUCACCCAAAGAACUGAUCUCCCUGCCUCCUUCCCAGAACUCAGGGAGGUUUGUCCCUCAGUUUUCCAAACCAAAGAAGACAGUAAAAAGAAAUGCCAAGGCAUGGGAAGAGGCUCCAGAGAGCUGCACCAUAAUCCAGGAAACAGAGCUGGGCUCCCUCCAGGCAGGCAGCCAACCACAGAAAGAGCCCCUGAGGUUCCUGCUCCAUGAUGCCAAAAGAGCAGAAGACCAGACAUGGGCAGAUGGCAUCCACUCAAAGGAGAGUUCCACCUCACCAGAUAUUGGAGGCCUGGAGAACAAUGGUUUUGAGAUGCAGAGGGCCACAGUUCAAGAUAGUAGUAUCCAGGAAAGGCACCUGUCAGAUGGUGAUGCUGAAGGGAGGGAGGCAGAUAACAGAGCCACACAGGAAGGAGAUGUCCAAGGAAGGGAAACAGGGGACCAGCAGUCUGGGGAACCCCAGGAAGAAGAGGACAUCCUCUACACUUCAACAUUAGUUCCUGCCUCAGAUCCCACCAUAUCAUGCCUAAAGACCUCAUCUGUGACUCAAGACCUCCCUGUCCCCACACAUAUUCUCAGCAGCACUGCUGUGGCACCCAGCUGCAGCAGCCCAGCAGAUGCCUCUCUUAUGGACAGUGUCAUUAGCGAUGUGAACUUAGAUCCCUCUGUGCUACAACACAGAACUCCAGAGGUGGCCAGGCUGCUGGGCUCUCCAGAUGGAGAGCCCAGUGGAAGCUGUAGUGGAACUUUUCUGGACUGCAUACUUUCUGCUGAGGAGACCACAGCAGGCAGAGAGGAGGUCAGCUGGAAAGAGAAGUCACCUAGUAACAUCCUGGCAAGCUUCACUGAGGCUUCAGUUCCUGAGAAACAAGAGCUCAUGGUGGAAGCUGGAAAUUCAGGUCCUAUAGCCCAAGAAAUGGGUCCAGGUGUCAAAACCAAGGACCCUGGCUCUGAUGGGCAGUUGCCAGGAGGGAUAGAAAUGCUGCAUUUACAGGAACAGCCCAUGAGCCAAAAGGUAGUGGAGUUAAGUAGCCUGGACUGCCAUCAAGACUUUGAGGGCUUCAGUCUGUCUCCUCAUGCCUCUUCUCAGCCAGAGAAUAGUUGUGCAGCUAGUGACUUUCUCCAGGAGACUAAGGCCUGUCAUAGCAGCCCAGGCAUUCCUACAGACCUGGCAGAGCAGCGGCAGCCAGCUCCCAGUUCCAGAGAUCAGGCUGCAUGGCAGGAGUCCUCAGCAAUGGAACUAGACUUCCUGCCUGACAGCCAGAUACAGAAUGCCCUGGAUGCCCCCAGUGUGGAGGCUCUACCUGAGCAGGGUUUUCCUGCAACGAAUGUGCCAGGCCUUGGUUGGCCUGUCCCUAGCCCGUAUGCCAUCGAAGGAUCCCCAAAGGUGGUGGCCAAACCUCAGCCCAGACCCACUUUGGGGACCUGGGCCCAAGAGGCCUGCGGGAUGCAGGAUGCUACAGACACAGUACAUGGCCUUGUGGUGGAGCUCUCCAGUCUCAACCGUCUGAUUAUGAGCACCCACCGGGACCUGGAGGCCUUCAAGCGCAGGAAAACCAAGCGUCUGCCUUACCUGACAAAGGGAUUGAGGAACCUUGCUAGAGGGGAUCAGGGCUGGGGGGACUUGUAGGCUGCUUCAGCCUGUGGUGGUCAGUUUACCAUGGUUUCCAUAUGGAGGAGGCUGGGGGUAGCCUCUUGGCUAAGAUCAGUAUCACUCCAAUGGGAGAGGGUGCCUGAACUUCCCUGCCCAGAUGUUCAUCCAGGUUUGUGAGCCCAGGCUCCUGAGCAGAACUUCAGUUGUCUUUGAGUUUGUAUCUGGAGCCAGGAGAUACCCUUUAUUCUUGUGCCUGUCUUUCCCCCCACGGUUUCUAUGUUACUUUUGGUAAGUUAGGGAAUAAACAAUGCAGUCAUGAGCCUCUAA